AGUUGAAAUAUUAGAUAAUUUUCAACUUAAAAAUUAUGUAUACGCCAUCAGUAAGGAAAACAUCUAGAAUAACAGAUGCAGUACCAACAAAAGAGAUAACAAGACACAUAAGUUUCUUGAGAAGCCGUAUGGACAUAGGUGCUGAUGUAGAUUGGUUACGAGGAAAAAUUAUUUUAAAGCCAGAAGAUCAAUUACAAUUAACUGAUGUAGAAUUACAAGAAGAAUUUGCUAGAGUUUUAACUAUACAUAAUACAAGAAUUCCAGAUUCUUUAGUGGAAUGGUCAUGGAAAUUGAAAACAUUCAUAAUGUUACCUCCUCCACCACAUUUAGUAACAUUUCUAAGUAUACCUGGAUUGAUAUUGCACAAAGAUUCUGAGGAAGCCAAAAUACAGUUAGCAGAAGACCUUAUUGUAGAAAUAGAAGAACCUAUUUUGUUAGAAGAAGAAGAAGAGGAAGUUGAAGAAGAAGAAGAAGAAGUGGUGGUAGAAGAAAUAAAAAAGCCAGAAGAACCAAAAGAACAUGAACAUGAGCAUGAACAUGAACAUGAACAUGAAGAGGAGGAAGAAAUUGAAAGAGUAAAACCAAAAAAAAUACCAAAUCAAUUUAAUUUCUGUGAAAGGGCUGCUUUAACUUAUACUAAUCCUAUGCGAGAAACAAGUACUCAAACAAUACCACCUCCAACUGAAUUAUUUAAUACUCAUGUUUUUCAAUGGACAAUAUUUGAUGAAUACCAAGAAGAUUUUGCUCAACAACAACGUGAAAAAGAAAAAGAAAGAAGAGUUCCACUUCCAUUAAAAAAAGAGGAUAUAAAAAAAAAAGCUCAGACAGAAUCUGAUGCAAUAUCAUGUAGAAUGAUACAAGCUGCAAAAACAUUAGAACGAAUGGUGAAUCAAAAUAUUUUUGAUGAAAUAGCUCAAGACUAUAGAUAUUGGGAUGAUCCAAGUGAUGAAUUUAAAACUGAAGGAUCAUUAUUACCCUUAUGGAAAUUUCGUUAUGAAAAAACUAACAAACAUGAUGUUACACACUUAUGCUUCAAUAGUAGAUAUUAUGAUUUAUUUGCAGUUUCAUAUGGAGCAAUGUCAUUUAGUAGUUUGAUAACAAAUGGAAAAGUAUGUUUAUUUACUUUAAAAAAUCCAUCAUAUCCAGAAUGGAUCUGUUCAACUGAUUCACCAGUAAUGUGUUUGGAUUUUAGUGAACAACAUCCACAUCUUUUAGUUAUUGGUACUAUGGAUGGUUCUGUUGCUGUUUACAAUAUAAUGUUGCCACCUUCAGCUCCUCAAUAUAGAAGCAAUGAUGUUAUUCAAAAACAUGGAGGUAUUGUAUGGCAGGUACAUUGGGCACCAGAUACAGAAGAAGGUAAAUUAGCAUUCUACAGUGUUAGUAUUGAUGGGAAAAUAAACUAUUGGAUAUUAAAUCAAAAUGACCUUGGUUUGACAACUGUAAUGACUCUUUUUCUGGAUAGACCACCAAUACCUGGACCAGAUGGAACUAUGAUUACAUUAAAAGGUUGUGGAACAUGUUUUGCAUUUCAUCCUACGAAUCAAAAUAUAUUCUUGGUUGGAACAGAAGAAGGAACAAUUUAUAAAUGUAAUACAGCAUAUAGUAGUGUUUAUAUGAAUACUUAUAAUGAAGCACAUAAUAUGCCAAUCUAUCAAAUAGUUUACAAUAAAUUCAAUUCUAGUAUAUUUGCAAGUUGUUCUGGUGAUUGGAGAAUAAAAAUAUGGGAAGAUGACAGAAUGGAACCUCUUUUUAUGUUUGAUCUUAAUGUUCCAAUUGGAGAUGUUCAAUGGGCACCAUAUAGUUCAACAGUAUUAGCUUGUGUUUCAAAUGAUGGGAAAGUUACAGUUUUUGAUUUGAAUGUAAAUAAAUACAGACCAAUAUGCAAUCAACCAGUUGUUAAUAGAAAGAAAUAUAAAUUAACUAAACUUGCGUUUAAUAAUAAAUUACCAUUCCUUAUAGUAGGUGAUAAUAGAGGUACAAUAAAUACAUUAAAACUGUCACCAAAUCUCAGAUUGAAAGUAAAACCAACCAAGAAACAACUUCAUUUAACUCAUAGAGAAUUAGAAAUUAUGAAAUUAGAAAGAUUAUUAAGUUUUGUACGUGAACCACUUGUUUUGCCACAACCGAAAGAUAUAAGAGUGGUACAUUAAUUAAGUCAUAUUUUUAAUCAUAAAUAUAUUUUAUGUAUGUAUGUAUUUUUUUAAAUAAAAUAUAUUUAAAGAUAUCAUA